AUGGGUAGAAUAAGUAAAUUAAACCAUUGUAUAGCAGUUUCGCCAAUAGGAAGAUAUUUUAAACUGGAUGGAUCACCAUCAUCGUCGUCAAGAGAAGGGACAAAAUUUACGACGGAAGUUAGAGCGGGUAUAGCAACAUUCAUUACAAUGGCAUAUAUCAUAUCAGUUAAUGCCACGAUAAUAGCGGAUAGUGGAGGACCAUGUAAAUGCACAUCAGAUUCCAAUAAGUUUUGCAUCGGAGAUGAAAGUUACGAAAAAUGUUUAGAAACGAUUAAGCAUGACUUGAUAACCGCGACGGCAUUAAUAUCAUGUAUAGGAACGGCGAUUAUGGGAAUCUUUUCAAAUUUACCGAUAGCAAUAGGGCCCGGGAUGGGAUUGAAUGCGUAUUUUACCUACACGGUGGUUGGAUAUCAUGGAAGUGGGAAAAUAUCGUAUCAAGUAGCAUUGGCAGCGGUCUUUUUAGAAGGGUUAUUAUACGUUGUGUUAUCAAUAUUUGGUAUAAGGCAAUACUUGGCCAGAAUUAUUCCAUCGAGCAUCAAAUUAGCCGCUGGAACGGGUAUCGGAUUGUUCUUGGCGUUUAUCGGAUUACAAAAAUCGACGGGAAUAGGUUUAAUCACAUAUGAUCCUUCUACUUUGGUCACCUUGGGAGGAUGCCCGCAACAGGAAUUUGAUAGUAUCACGGGAAGGUGUUUGGGUCAUCAGAUGGAGAGUGCGACCACGUGGUUAGGAAUCCUUGGGUUCAUAAUAAUGUCAUUAUUGAUGUUAUAUAAGAUUCGAGGGAGUGUAUUGAUCGGUAUCAUCUUAAUUAGCAUAAUAUCAUGGUUUAGAAAUACCGCAUUCACUUACUUUCCCAACACGCCACAAGGUAAUGAUCGAUAUGAAUUCUUUCAAAAGGUGGUGAAUUUCUUCCCGAUACAAAAUACAUUGGCCACCAUGAAAUUUGAUUUUAGUGAUAGUGAAAUUUGGAUCGCGUUAAUGACCUUCUUAUACGUGGAUAUGUUGGACACGACGGGCACAUUAUAUUCCAUAGCGAAAUUUGGUGGAUUCAUAGACAAUGAAACGGGGGAUUUUGAAGGUUCAACCGCCGCUUUCAUUUGUGACGCCAUUUCCAUAUCAAUCGGUGCGGUAUUUGGCACUUCACCCGUGACGGCUUUCGUUGAAUCAAGUUCUGGUAUAUCAGAAGGUGGUAGGACUGGAAUAACCGCUUUGGUGACAUCGAUUUGUUUUGGCAUAAGCAUCUUUUUCAUUCCUAUAUUUGCCUCCAUACCUCCAUGGGCGACCGGUCCUGCGUUGAUGAUCAUUGGCAGCAUGAUGUUAAGAACCGUCAAGUACAUUAAUUGGGAAUAUAUUGGGGAUUCCAUACCGGCUUUCCUUACCAUCGUUUUAAUUCCUUUAACUUAUAACGUUGCUUAUGGUUUGAUCGCUGGUAUCGGUUCCUAUUUUAUCAUCAAUAUCACAAUAUUUAUAAUUAAAGUAUUGACCAAGGGAAAGGUUCAGCCGUCGAAAAAAUCUUUCAGGGACAAUUGGGGUGGGGAUGGACUUUCUGAAACUGAUAUCCAACGUUUGUCUAGUUCCGCUACCCCGGUUUCUCCUUGGUUGAUUCAAUUACAUAAUCGGUUAUUCAGCCAAAGAAAUGAUGAUGAUGGCCAAUUUCAUCAUAUAACUCACAUAUCACCCCCGAAGGAUGUCAUCAAAGAUGAACGCGUUAUGGUAUGA